GCACCUACUCCAACGACUAUGGGGAACCAAGUUGGUGCGGCCGAUACGGCCCUUGCCGCAACCCAAACCGUCGUUCCAGCUACCCAUCAUCUCCCGGUCGCCAAGGUCCGGCUUGUCGCAUUCGAUGACCCCAAGAGCGAGCGUCCAAACAUGAUGCCGUUUCGUAUGUUCUUCGGCACUAUCAAGGACGGGAAGGAGAAAGAUUCCGAGGUGUGGAUUCUACUGCAGAACGACCACGCUGCUGGCCGCUCACCCCACCAACGCUUCAACAUCUUCGACCGUCUCGGUAAGCUCCGCGGGGCUAUGAGCGCAGAUGACGCGGUGAGGCAAACUGGUGCGGCAAGUGCGUUUAGGUUCCUCAAGAGAGCGGGCGUCAUCGAUAUGGACCAGCUACGCGCUGUGAUCAAGUACUACUUCAUCUUCAUGAAAGUCGUUACGCCAGUACCGUGGAUAGUCGGUGAUCACUUCAUCACUUCGCUGACUGCGGCAUGUAAAGUGGCUGGAGAAUCUGCGGUGAUGGCGGCAGCGGCCAGUUCCUCCGUCAAAGUGGCCAAGGCUAGGCGUACUCCGCAAAUCACCUCGCAGCGCGCUCCCAUAGUGUCUAUGAUUCCCGCGGUACAGGCAGGACCGAGCUUGUUCAUCCCCGAAGGUCCUCUCAAGAGGGCCCGCACGAUGACUCCAGAUCUACCCAGGAAGCGAGUGACUACAAGUACACCACCACUGCGAUCGAAUCCUCCGGCAGCUACAGUACAACCCUCUUCCUCAGCAAUGGUCGACAAAGGUCAAGGUUUCCUCAUCCACUCGGACUCUGUUGAGGCAGACAACAGCGACGCUAUGGAUACUUCGCGUGCUUCAUCAACACGCCGGGAGUCUACAGAUGUCCUCAUCGAGAAGAGCCCCAACUCCCAAUCGUCCAUCGACUUCCCCAACGAUUAUCGUAAAGCCAUCGACAGAAAGACCAGGUGCAAGGAAAAUCUCAUGUUGAACAAGGAAAACCAGAAAGACUUAAGGGGCAAGAUCGAGGCUCUUGAAACUAAGAUGGCCGAUCUAAAGGUGGAGGGUCGGAAGCUGAAGGAAGAGAAUCGACACCUUGGAAUCGAGAUGAAGCAUCUUCGGUCGUCACUCACCCAGAAGGAGCGCGAUAUCUUCGUUCUUGGAGGUGAGAUGGUGAAGAGAGCGUCGGAGCGGGCAAAGAAGGGUAUGAAGUCUGAGAGCGAUAGCGGAGAGGAAGACUAG